CGUGACAACAAAAUGGUGGACUAAUAAAUAUUUUUCUGAAAAAUUCAGGUAAAAAUGUAGUCCAACUUCAUCCUGGUUACCACAGUGUUGUGUUCAGUGCACAUAUUUUUCCGUGUGCACACAUUUAAAUCCUGUGUGUUCCAAUGUUUAUCGAGGAUUUCAAUUCACCGUGGAAUGAUUAAUCAGUAUUGAAAUCCAAGACCAUGCUAAGUGAGGAUCGAUACAGACUGACUGCAAAUCGAGAGUCAUUAACAGACGAUUUGAGACCAGAAGAUGUUGUUGAGACACUGUUAUCAGAUAGUAUAAUUACAGUCACCCAGAAACAGGAUAUUCUGGGUAAAACAUCAUGGCGGGACCAGGCCUCUGCACUUUGUGAUUUACUCCCAACAUGUGGUCCAAAAGCAUAUAGCAGCUUCAGAUUAGCCCUCUCAGUGAAAUAUGAUUGGUUGGCCGAUAAGCUUGAUAACACUGACGUGACACAGUUUAAGAAGAAUACUGAGAAUGAAAAGAAAAAAGACCCUAUGACUGCGCUCGAUGAUCGCACAUUCAAAAUCAUCACUCGUAAUUCAAACUGUAUGAAAAAUUGGAAAUCCAUUGCAAGGUCAUUAAAUAUUGAUGAGGAUGAAAUAGAAGAUGUGUAUUACUCUAAUGAACGAAAUCUGCGUGAGCAGGUAUACCAAAUGCUCAUCAGGUGGAAAGAUCUAGAAGGAAGGAAUGCCAAUAUACCUAAACUCAUUGAUGCUCUAAGAGAGAAUGGUAUCAACUCUGUAGCCGACAAAUUGGAGGGAUACAAAGUAUAGCUGAAGUAGCAGCCUCAUCAUAAUGAUAUGAAUGGACAUUAUAGAGAUCAACUUCACCUACCAAUGAUAGUGAGAGUCAUUAUUAUAAACCAUUCAUCCCUCAUUUCAUCAAGCACCUAUCAUAUCAUUUACCCAUAUAAAUAGUCCAUCCAUGGAUGUUGUAUGCGUCAAUGUGUUCAAACCCUCAAUCGUCAACAUUCCCUUUUCAAGGAUAACUGUGUUUAUCAUAAGAUUUAUAUUUCAAGCACUAUUGUCAAGUUCUAUUAUCUUCUGACUUGUGUAAGAUUGUUCAUCUUGACAUACUAGACAUGCAAGAUAGCACAUGAUCAACAAUUAUUUUUGUAGUAAAGUCAGAUUUUUUAUUUAUUCAUCAACUUUCAUACAAAUCAUGGGAUAAAUGAAGUGUUAUCCUGGUUUUAUAUCCUGGUUUCAUCUGUGCUUUGGAUUCAGUGUUUGCCAUAGAAACCUCUGCACAUUGAAUUAGAGAGGAGCACAUUCAUAAUACAUAAACUUGUGAUUUGUGAUGUGUAAUGUUAUAAUCAGUGUGGCCGAACCAACUAGUGACAACAAUGUUGAUCAUAUUGUUGAUCCUGGUGGUACUUACUUUACAUAUGAACAAAUACUUGUACCUCACCAAAACUGUUCAAAUGUUAUAUACAUUCACUUUGUUUGCUUUCACCUUGAGCUUUUUAACAUGAUUUAACCAAGUGUUAAAAGUUGCCUAAAAAGGGGCCAAAAUUUGAAAGAAUCAUUGUUCAUAAUAUAGGGAUUUGCAAUCUGUAUCAUCCAUGUCCAUGAUUUUUGCACAACCCUAAAAUUAUCCAGAUAUCCAAGUAUAAAAUUAU